AAACUAUUCACCACCGUGGUGAUCACUCAAAAAGAUAUCCACGAAAAUGGUCAAAUACUAUACGAAAAACUUAAACUUUACUUCCAAUUUGAUGGCUCACCACUAUUAAAAAUACUCUUCGAAUCAUAUCAUCGUAAAGGAAUCAGAUUCCACGAAACUGGAAACCCAAUAGAGGAAAGAAAUCAACGAGUUUUUAUCAAACAAAUUCAACUAGAAUUACCAACCAACGGAUGGAGCCAAUAUAUUCAAGAAUAUCUUCACCAGUUAUACGAAGAUAUACAUUGGUUUUGUGAAUCGAAAUUAUCAAAGCUUUAUGUUGAACGAGAAUUAAGCUCAGACUCAAUUAUUCAACUACAGGGAGAACAGUCCUUAUUUGAAUCCAGUUCCGAAGAAAUAUCAAACGAAGAGUACCAAAAGUUGACAAAUACAACAUUUGGAACAGACCAUCCAAAUGUUGGACAUAUUAAACAAAAUUGUCGCAUUAUGCAAGCAAAACAACAAAAUAGAAAUCAGUACACUAAUCAAAAUAGGCUGAAUAAUAAUUAUUAUCAACAGAAUUAUCGUUACACAUCACCGGUGUAUAAUCGAUCACCACCAAUUAGAAGAAAUGAACAAAAUCGACCUAAUCAAUACAAUCAAAGAAGUCCAAAUCAGAACCAACAACAAAACAAUUAUCGAACAAAUAAUAAUCGCAACAAUCAAAGAACUUAUCUGAAUCUGGGACAAGAACCAGAAGAUCCUAUCAUAAUCAAAAGUCCAAAUGAAUCCGAGACCGAAGAAUCUAACGAAGAAAAGUCCGAAAUUGAGACUGAAGAAUCUGAAGAUAAUUCGAUUAUGACUUUA